AUGAUGACUAUUGCAAUGCAGGUGAGCUGAGAGCAUUUUUUGGAGCAUUUUGGGCUCUAUCUCAAUAUAAGGGUCCCAAAAAAAAAAAAAAAAGGGUCCGUGAUUUUUUUCAUAGGUCUGAUUUAUUUGAUUUUUGGAGGAAAAAAUGUGUUUUUAUGGACCCUCAAAAAAAAUAACGGACCCAUAUAUUUUUUUGGGACCCUUGAACAAAAUUACGGACCCCUGUAUUUUUUACGGAUCCUUAAAUUUCCAUGGGACCCUUAUAUUGCGAUAGAGCCGCAUUUUGAGACCGAAUAAGUUAUGACGUGGAUUUUAUUUUUUGUUUUUCUUACAGAAACCAGCCAAAAAUUCGACAUCAUCACCCAGCAAAUCAAGCGGUUAUGCAGAGAGUUCGGCGAACUCGGAUGAUUUGAUUGUUUCGAUGCCCGAACAAACUCUGGUUGAAUGUUUUGGCAAUUUGGCAAUCUCCAAACGAUUGCCGCAUUUGAGACCGCCAGCCGCGUUUUGUGAGUUUGGGAAUUUUGUAUGGGAAAUGUGGGUUUUUCAAUUUUCAGCCAGAAACCUCAAUUUUCAGCUGAAAAACCCAAUUUUCAGCCAUUUUCUAGCUGAAACUCGAUUUUCAAACAUUCUAGUGCUGAUAUCCAUGAUUUUCAGUCAAUUUUCAGCUAGAAAACCUCAAUUUUGAGUUAGAAACCUCGAUUUGGAUUUUUUUUACCUGAAAUUCGAAUUUUGAAUGGAAAAAGUGGGUUUUUCGACCUGAAAUUUGAUUUUUUAAUGGAAAAUUUGACAUUUUUUGAGCUGAAAUUUGAUUUUUUCUCUAGAAAAUCUGAUUUUGGAGACCUGAAAAUGAAUUUUUCCCAAAAAAAAUCCGGUUUUUUGAGCUGAAACUCGAUUUUUCCCUGGAAAAUUUGAUUUUGGAGACCUGAAAUUCGAUUUUUGAAUGGAAAUUCUGAUAUUUUUUGAGCUGAAAUUGUAUUUUUCUUUGGAAAAUCUGAUAGUUUUUGAGCUGAAAUUCGAUUUUUCUCUGGAAAAUUUGACAUUUUUGAGCUGAAACUCGAUUUUUCUCUGGAAAAUUUGACAUUUUUGAGCUGAAACUCGAUUUUUCCCUAGAAAAUCUGAUUUUGGCAAACUGAAAUUCAAAUUUUGAAUGGGAAAUAUGGGUUUUUCCACCUGUAAUCAGAUUUUUCUCUGGAAAAUCUGAUAUUUUUUGACCAGAAAUUGAAUUUCUCACAAGAAAAUCUGAUAUUUUUUGAGCUGAAAUUCAAAAUUUGAAUGAAAAAUCUGACAUUUUUUGAGCUGAAAUCUGAUUUUUCCCGAACAAAAUCCGAUUUUUUGACCUGAAAUUGGCCAAAAUUCAAUUUUCCCAUCUUUUUUCCAGGUCUUCCGUUUGUUUCGAUGAAUAAUGAUGCAGUUAGUGGACACGCUUUGAAGCAUUUCACAUUGACGUGAGUUGAGGCCCGAAAAUCCAGGCCGGAACUAGGCCUGACUCCUAUAAUCAGGCCAAGUUUAGGCCUGAUUUUCGGGGAUAAAUCAGGCCGAAGCCUAGGCCUUUUCUUAAUCCAAUUCUUUUCCAGUUCACUGUUCGAUUCUCUUCAUCCAUAUGUUCGUAUGCCAGUUUUGCAUCGUCGCGAUAUUUCGUCGGCAAUGAAUGUUUAUUGGCUGAAAAAUUGUCUGGAACCGGAUCAACUCGAUUUGGUGCAUCGAUUUGCUCUCGAGAUGCAAAUUCAUUUGAGCCAAUGUUUUGGAUGUCGAGUUGUAUUGGAUGUGAGUUGGUUUUUUGCUUUUUGAAACGAAAAAAAUCUGGUUUUCCACGUGGAAUUUCGGGAUUUCAAGGUCCAGAACCUGAAAAUCAUAAAAAUCACGAAAAUUUAGUCUUAAAUCUUGAAAUUCUGAAAUUCCACGUGGAAAACCAGGUUUUCCAGGCCUACCAUCAAAUGUUUAUGAUUUUUCAGCUUUUUCCUGAAAUUCCACGUGGAAAAUCAGAGGAUUUCAAGGUCCAGAAGCUGAAAAGGCAUGAAAAGUUGAUUUUCCACGUGGAAUUUGAGGAUUUUAAGGUCCAGAAGCUGAAAAAUCAUAAAAAUUUGAUGGUAGCUCGGGAAAAUCUGAAUUUCAAGGUCCAGAAGCAGAAAAUCUGGUUUUCCACGUGGAAUUUCAGGAUUUCAAGGUCCAGAAGCUGAAAAAUCAUAAAAAUGUGAUUUUCCACGUGGAAUUUCAGAAUUUCAAGAUCCAGAAGCUGAAAAAUCAUGAAAAUUUGAUUUUCCACAUGGAAUUUCAGGAUUUUAAGGUCCAGAAGCUGAAAAAUCUGAUUUUCCACGUGGAAUUUCGUGGAUUUCAUGGUCCAGAAGAUGAAAAAUCUUAAAAAUUUGAUUUUCCACGUGGAAUGAACAUAGACCUGAAAAUCUGAGAUCUAGGAUCAAAAAUUCAAAAAAAGUUUUAUUUUUUAAUUUGAUUUUCCACGUGGAAUUUCAGGAUUUCAAAAUCCAAGACUAAAUUUUCUUGAUUUUUGUGAUUUUUCAGCUUCUGGACCUUGAAAUCCCGAAUUUCCACGUGGAAAAUCGAAUUUUCAUGAUUUUUCAGCGUCUGGACCUCGAAAUUCUGAAAUUCCACGUGGAAAACCAGAAUUUUUAUGAUUUUUCAGCUUCUGGACUUUGAAAUUCUGAAAUUCCACGUGGAAAACCAGAGGAUUUCGUGGUCCAGAAGCUGAAAAAUCAUAAAAAUUUGAUUUUCCACGUGGAAUUUCGUGGAUUUCAAGGACCAGAAGCUGAAAAAUCUCGAAAAUUUGAUCCUAGGCUUGGAAAAAAAAGUCAAAAAAUUAAAAUUUCACAAUUUGAGGCCAAAAAUCAUGAAAAUCUCGAAAAUAUUUCACUUGAAAGUGACUUUUUCAUUUCAAUUUUACAAAUCUCUCUUCAGAUCUACGGUUCAACUCGAAAUGGUUUCGGAACACGAAUGUGUGACGUGGAUAUGUCCCUCUCAUUCUAUCCAUCUCCCCCAAUUUGGGCAACAAAUUCGGAUCGUGUAAUGCGUGCCGUCGCCAAAGCGCUCGUCGAUUUCCCAAAAGCCAUUGAUGAACGAUAUGUGAAUGCAAAAGUGCCGAUUGUUCGAUUCCGAAGUUUUGACAUGGAUAUGGAGGCGGAUAUAAGUUAUAAGAAUGAUUUGGCAUUGCACAACACACAAUUGUUGCAACAAUAUUGUAAAUGGGAUCCCGAUCGAUUGCCGACACUUGGUGUUUGGAUUAAGGCUGUGAGUUUUGGCGGGAUUUUUGGGGGGAAAAUGCGCUAAAAAUGAGCCUAAACAUGCCUAAAUAACCCUAAUUACCUUAAAACUGCAUUAAAUUCAUAUUUGAGCCUGAAAUUCAAGUCUGAAAUUAUAGCUUUAAGGGAAAUUCUGGAUUUUGAGCCUAAAUCUCAGAAGCCUAAAAUUGAAGCCUGAAUUUAAGGCCUCAAAUUAGAGUCUGAAGGAAAAUUCUGGAUUUUGAGCCUGAAAUUCAAUCCUAAAAUUAAAGCCUGAAUUUCAAGCCUGAAUUUAUAGUCUGAAGGAAAAUUAAAGCCUGAAUUUAAAGGCUGAAAUUAUAGUCUAAAAUUAAAGCCUGAAUUUUUUUGAGCCUAAAAUUAAAGCCUGAAUUUUGAGCCUAAAAGUACAUCCUAAAUUAAAAGCCUGAAAUUAUAGCUUUAAGGAAAAUCCUGGAUUUUGAGCAUGAAAGUACAGCCUAAAUUUAAAGCCUGAAGGAAAAUCCUGAAAUUCAAGCCAAAAUCAAAUCCUGAAUUUUAAAGCCUGAAAUUAUAGCUUUAAGGAAAAUCCUGGAUUUCAAGCCUGAAACUAAGGCCUGAAUUUUGAGCCUAAAGUUCAAGCCCGGAGCCCGGAAUCAAAUCCAGAAUUUUGAGCCUAAAAUUAAAUGCGCUAAAAAUGAACCUAAACAUGCCUAGGAAAAUCCUGAAAUUCGAUCCUAAAAUUAAGGCCUGAAUUUUGAGCCUAAAGUUCAAGCCUAUAAUUAAAGCCUGAAAUUCAAGCCCAAAAUCAAAUCCAGAAUUAUGAGCCUAAAAUUAAGGCCUGAAUUUUGAGCCUAAAGUUCAAGCCCGGAUUAAAGCCCAAAAUCAAAUCCAGAAUUAUGAGCCUAAAAUUAAGGCCUGAAAUUGAAGCCUAAAUCUCAGAAGCCUGAAAUUAAACCUUACCCUAAGAAGCCCUUAAGAACCUCUCUUUUUUCCAGUGGGCAAAACGUUGUGGCGUUGGCGAAGCGUCAAAAGGUUCACUCUCCUCAUACGCCUGGAUCGUUAUGCUCAUCCACUAUUUGCAACAAAUUGAACCCUACCCGGUUUUGCCGUGUCUGCAAGAAAUGAGUCGAGAAAAAUCGGAUAAUGUAUAUGUGCAGGGAUAUAAUGUGUACUAUUGGAAGUUUGUUGAUGUGAGUUUGGGGGGCCGGGGGCUUUUUGGGCCUAGAAAAUCUGGAAAAUUUUGUUACUCAAUUUUUUUUCACUGAAAAACCGCAAAAAAUUCUUUUAAAAUUGGAAUUUGGUAACUUAUCGUAACUCCAAUUAAUCUCUAUAUCUAUCAAAAAAUAAAUUAAUCAGGAUUUAAUCAAAAUUUUCUUUAAAAAUGUCAAAAUUUACCAUUUUUAGUGAUUUUUUACGAAUUCUUUUACGAUUUUUAAGCCUGGAGCUUUUUUGGCCCCCAGAAAAUCUGAAAAAAUCGCUCAAUAUUUCCAGCCAACCAAAAGUCGUCACUGCAAUAAAUCGGUGCUCGAUUUGUUCGUCGGCUUCUUGGACUACUACAGCACCUAUUUCGACUAUGAGCAACACGUUGUUCAGAUGGUUUCGCGAAAAAUCGAGGCGAAACCGGAUCGCUGGUCGAAAUAUCCAAUGUGUAUUGCGGAUCCGUUUGAGACGGAUCACAAUUUGGCGCAAGGUGUUGAUUAUCAAAGUGAGUUUUGGGUUUUGGGUGGAUUUUGAGCUAAAAAUUGUGAAAAUUGUGGAAUUUUGAGCCAAAAAUUGUGAAAAUUAAUGAAUUUUGAGCUAAAAAUUGUGAAAAUUGAUGAAUUUUGAGCUAAAAAUUGAUGAAUUUUGAGCCAAAAUUCACAAAAAUUGAGAAAAUUUCACCCAAAAACCCCCUGGUUUUGCAGUGUUUGACUACAUUCGAAGUUGUAUGGAGCACUCGAAAUCCGUGUUUCAAAAUCGUCAUCUUCGCGCCGAGUUUCUUUUGGGAUACGGUAGUGACGUGGAUGAGUACGAUAUGAUGAGUGGACAAGAAAUGGAUAUGGAGAUGGCUAGCCAAUUUGGGGUAUGUUGUUUUGGUGACGCAAUUUUUGGAGGCUUGGGAAGUUGCUGACGCGUUUCUGGUAGCUCAGGGAGUUGCUGACGCGUUUCUGGUAGCUCAGGGAGUUUGCUGACGCGUUUUUGGAAGCUUGAGAAAUUGCUGACGUCUUUUCAGUACCACAUUUAGCUGCUGACGCAUUUUUCCCUCAAAAUCCAUUUUUGCAGGAAUUCCUUCUUCACAAAUGCAUAAUGAUCAAACAAGCGCCACAUCGACAAUUCCGCGACAGAAGUAUGAGUCAAUCAACAUCCACUUCAAACACCUCCAUCAGCUCAUAG